AUGGCGACAAUGCAGGCGGCUAUGAAGGAUUUACGGACCUUGAAACAGGAGGAGUCUACUAUGAUGAACCUUGCCUCAAAAAUAAGUGACCAGUUAAAUAGGCUCAAAGUAGAGGAACUUGCUUUACAGAACCUUGUAAGACUUCAAAAUGAAGAGUUUGAAAGGAAAUCUAGGGGGAGCCGAAGGUCAUUGCCUGUUGAAGAGUUAGAUGAUGAAGAUGAUAAUGAUAUAGACGAGUAUCUUGGUAAGGGAGAUAUGUCUGAGAAGAAAGUAGAAACUGAAAGUAUUGUCCCUUUGAAUUUAGUGGUGAAUAAAUAUCACGAGCAUGAUGCAAUGGAGGAGGAGGAAGAGGACGAUGAUGAUGAUGAUGCAGAUAAAAUACCAGCAAACACUGCUGCUCAUGAAGACAUAGAACAGUUUGUGAACAGUUUGUAAAGGACUGUGACAUAGGAAAUUUUAUAGCCAGUUUUUGGGUCAUUUGAAUUGUCUGAAAUUCUGUUUACGUUUUCUACAUGUUGUAAUAUAGGAUGCUUAGUAUUGUCUGAAGUAAGUUAGCAUGUUUAGAAUGUGUAAUGGAUGUUAUUGUGUGGGAAAAAAAUGAACAUUGGAUUUUGUAAUUUUCUUAAAAUCUCUUGGGUAUUUGUAUUUUUAGUAGUUGGAAAUAUCCUGAAAGAUACCGGAAUAAAUUAUGUUAUUGAAUAUUACUAAAUAAGGUAAUAAAUUUUGAGGACAGAUUUUCAAUACCUAGAAAAAGGUUAUGAUUCUAGAAGAAAUUUCGAUUUGUUUUUGCAAAGAAAUUAUUUGCCAUUUAAUUUUAGGCAUUUAUGAUAAACUUCUUUAUUUUUGAGAGGCUCGCCACGAAUAAAUACUGUUAAUAAAAUAGCUGCAAAAGUG